GUUCCUUGAUUACAUGAUGCAAAUGCUUACUCUACCUGAAACACCAAUGGAUGAAGGGAAUGACAGCAUCAUCAAAACAGAGGCACCUGAAGAAGCAUCUCAGGAGGGGUCUCUGCUGUCUUCUGUGGAUGGGCUCCAAGAUUUUGAAUUGUACAUAUCUGAUAUCACAGGUGGCCAGCAAAUGAAGUCAGAACUAGAUCAGUAUCUGGAAGAGGCCUUUACGGAUCGAGUGGAAGACUUCGAUGUUCUGGUUUGGUGGAGACUGAACAGAAUGAAGUACCCAACUCUCUCUAGGAUGGCUUCUGAUAUUUUGUCGAUAUCGGUGUCUACCGUUGCCUCUGACUCUGUGUUUAACACUGAAAUAAAAAGAAUGGAUAGUUACCGGACUUCAUUGGGUCCAGCAACUCUUGAGGCCCUUAUCUGCGCCAAAGAUUGGCUUAAAUAUGGAUCAUUCCCACAACCUCCAGCACUUUAAGUUUCUGAUAGUUAUGUUCUCAAAAUGGAAUUUUAGGCAUAGGUUUCAUUUUGUUCUUUAGGUAGAUCAUUGGGAGUCUCAUUUUGAUGGUUUUUAGAUGUUAACACAAUGCUAGUUAAAUUUUGUUUUUCCUCCAUCUUAGGAUGCUUACAGUUCCAAAAUUUUGUGUUAGUAUAGCACUUGUUUACAUUCUUGGAUUAGUAAAUCAGCUGCAAGAUUAAUUGGUCCAGUGCAAUCAUAUUCUUCCAUUGAUUCUGUUA